CAAUUCCCCAUUUUCUUUCUUCUCCAAAUGCCAAAUAAACGAUCAAUUAGUACAUUUCAUGUCCAAUUUGGUGAUGGUUUGCCGGAGAAUUUGGUCUACGAAGACCUUUCACGCAGCUGCUUUAACAGUCUUCAAUGCUCAGCUGCAGUUUCAUCGUCGUCCAGUUCUAUUCAACAUUGUUUUUCAGUUCAAACAGACUUGUUUCUCUUCUUCGAAAGCCAACAGUUUUCAGGUUCCGGAAUUCUAUUCUCUGAACAAGAAAAUAUCUUAUUUGAUUCGAACAGGCCGAAUAAAUGAAGCAAGGGAAUUGUUUGAUAGCACUGAGCAUUGGAAUACGAUCACAUGGAAUAGGAUGAUCACUGCGUAUGUGAAAAGAAGAGAGAUGUUGAAAGCACGCCAGUUGUUCGAGGAAAUGCCAAACAGAGACAUUGUAUCGUGGAAUUUAAUGUUAUCAGGUUAUAUAUCUUGUGGUGGAAAGUUCGUUGAGAGGGCACGGAAUAUGUUCGAUCAAAUGCCAGAAACUGAUUGUGUUUCAUGGAACACAAUGUUGAGUGGGUAUGCUAAGAGUGGGAUGAUGGAUAAAGCAGAAGAGCUUUUUAAUGAAAUGCCUGAGCGUAAUGUUGUCUCAUGGAAUGCCAUGGUUUCUGGUUAUUUAAUGAAUGGUCAUGUGGAAAAAGCUAUCGAGUUCUUUAAGUUGAUGCCGAAACGAGACUCUGCUUCUCUUAGGGCAUUGAUUUCUGGUCUGAUUCAGAAUGACAAGUUGGUUGAAGCUGAAAGGAUUCUGCUUCAAUAUGGUGGGAAUGUUGGUAAAGGAGAUCUUGUUGAUGCUUAUAAUACUUUGAUUGCUGGAUAUGGCCAGAAAGGAAUGGCCUAUGAAGCCCGGAAACUGUUUGAUCGCAUCCCUUUGUGUUGUGACUGUGGCUACUCUAGGAGGAAUGUGAUUUCAUGGAACUCUAUGAUAAUGUGCUAUGUGAGAGCUGGUGACAUAGUCUCUGCUCGAGAACUAUUCGAUAAAAUGGUUGAGCGAGAUACUUUUUCAUGGAACACUAUGAUCAGUGGCUAUGUCCAGAUCUUGGAUAUGAAAGAGGCCUCAAAUCUUUUCAGUAGAAUGCCAGAGCCCGAUACCCUUUCUUGGAAUAUGAUGAUAUCUGGGUUUUCUGAGAUAGGUAGUUUGAAACUGGCUCAUGACUUGUUUAAAAGGAUACCAGAGAAAAGCCUUGUCUCAUGGAAUUCCAUGAUAUCUGGCUAUGAGAAAAAUGAAGACUAUAAAGGAGCAAUGAACAUCUUUUUGCAGAUGCAACUUGAAGGUAAAAAACCAGAUAGGCACACUUUAUCAUCAAUUCUAAGUGCUUGUGCUGGGUUGGUAGAUCUGGUUUUAGGAACUCAGAUUCAUCAACUAGUUACAAAAGCUUUUAUUGCAGAUUUACCCAUAAACAACUCUCUUGUUACAAUGUACUCAAGAUGUGGAGCAAUCGUUGAGGCAAGGAUGGUUUUUGAUGAAAUGAAUCUUCAGAGAGAUGUCAUUUCUUGGAAUGCGAUGAUUGGCGGGUAUGCCUAUCAUGGCUUUGCAACAGAGGCUCUUCAACUAUUUGAUUUGAUGAAACAAUGUAAUGUGCAGCCUUCUUAUAUCACAUUCAUUUCUGUUCUGAAUGCUUGUGCUCAUGCUGGAUUGAUUGAGGAAGGCAGGAGAGAAUUCAACUCCAUGGUUAACACGCAUGGGAUCAAGCCACAAGUCGAACACUAUGCAGCCCUUGUCGACAUCAUCGGUCGACAUGGACAACUUGAAGAAGCAAUGAGUUUGAUUAAUAGUAUGCCAUGUGAACCGGAUAAAGCAGUGUGGGGUGCAUUACUGGGUGCUUGUAAGGUGCAUAACAAUGUUGAGAUGGCUCGAGCAGCGGCUGAAGCGUUAAUGAAGCUCCAACCUGAAAGCUCAGCUCCAUAUGUGCUGCUACAUAAUAUGUAUGCCGAUGUGGGACGCUGGGAUGAUGCUGCUGAAAUGAGAACAAUGAUGGAGAAGAACAAUGUUCAAAAGGAUGCUGGAUAUAGUCGGGUGGAUUCUUAUUGCUAAAGAUAUUUGAUUGGUUCCAAUGCUUGGGUAAGUAGUAGAUUGAUUUCUAACCUCAGUUUAAAAAAAAAUCUUCAUUGGAUGCAUCUUUGAAAGUAAUUUUAUUUUGUUUUAAAAUUGAUAUAGGUUAUAUUUUAUACAAUGAAAAUUGGAGUUGUGUAAAAUUUGAAUAAACUAUCAGUCAAUCAGCCACAUUGUUCAACCUCCUUAAAUAGUUUCUUCACAACCUGAGUCUUCAAGAUCGCUCCUAUUAUCACUUCUGUAUGAGUUUAAAUAUUAAACCGUAAAUUAGCUGGUUUGAAAUGAAAA